AUGUCCCAUAAAUUUGUAGCCUGCGAUGCUGCAAGAAAGAGGCAAAACAGAGCCUACGCAUUCGCCAGCCAACAAGUCUUCCAGCACGCCUUGGUACACAAUGCCUGGGCAACAUUGGACAUUGAGGAUGAGAUGACAUAUGAGUACAUCAACUAUAUGAAGAUCAGUGAGCUGGAAACGAAGAAGUUCAAGGGCGGAUGUGCUCACCAAACAGCGUUGGUCCACAAUCCCCUUACAAAACUUCAAUUCAUUUUCUUAAUUGAUAAAUUUGUGAAAACUGAUGAAAAUCUUCUGCCACUUGUCGUCAGUCAAAGAGCACCUCGUGGACGCGGCACCUUCAAUCAGCGUUACCAGCAGAGGAACAACUGGACACGUCGGAAUUUUGCUCAAAAUCAACGCUUCCAGCAACAAGAGCACUCCAAUUAUCCAAUGCAGCAAUACUUCAUUGGAUCAUCCCAAACUGUGCCUUUGAUGGCACUUCAAAUCCCAUCCUGUCCUUCUGGUUACGCUCCAGUCCAACAUGGCUCCUACAACACGUUCUCAGCUGCUCACGGAUACUCCCGGAAGAAUCAGUUAAGUGAUGGACAUUUCCCAUCUCCUACAGAAUCAGGAAAUAGUGACGUGUACACAAGCUCAUCAACAAACGGGUCCAUAGCAGAGCAGAACAUCCAACAGGUUCAAACCAUCAUUGGGUUUGAACUCGCAGAGGAGAAAAACGAGCAAAUCAUUUUGCAACAUCACGAGGAACUACAGUUGGUCGCUGAAGUCAAGAAUGGCAAAAAAGACGUUGUUACUCUUCCAAAUGGAGCUGAUGAUAUUUCUGGCACAUCGAAAAAGGACGCAUAUCUGAGUUGUGACCUUUCAAACCAAGGCACUUCAGAUGAGGUAACUAUGAAACCAAGUAAUUCAAAAUCAGUGCUUCCAACUGCACCCGAAUCGGCUAAAUUUGUGGAAAUAGCCGAACUACCACCAAGCAUCGAAACCCCUGCUGAGACUGCUAUUCAAACCACCGCUGAGCUUAAACUCAAAAAGGAAAGUCCGAUUGUACAUGAUGGCGCCACGAAAAUUGACACUGGUCUAAACUGUGAGAUGUCAAAACUUGAUAAACCAUCUCAGUCUAUGGAAACUACUGAUUUUGAUAACAAAGAAUUCAAAGAGCAGGACACGUCAGAUGAGGCAACUGCGGCAGUGUCGAAGCCAACCAUUUCGGAAUUUUUGCUCUCACCUGCACUCGAAUCAAUAGUAGCUGAGGAUAUGUCUGGCGCAUCAAAUAUGGGUGAUCUCUCGAAACCACUUCUGUCCACUUCAAUUGCUCCUACUGAUACUGAAACCGAAGAACUCAAAGGAAAGACUACUGAUGAGGGAGCAACAGAGGCAACAAAUUCCGAAUUCAUGAUUCCGCAUGCAUACAAAUCGACGGAAGAUCUAGAAUUCCCAGAACGUGUGGUUUCGGUUUCAGCUGAAAAACGCUCAAAGGAUGCUGAAAUGCCAGCGGUAGAAAACCAGAAGCCUUCAAAACCGCUGAUGUCUGAAAUAUUGCUUGCUGCUAUUGAGAAGGAAAAGGGAACUGUCAAUUCCUGUUUGAAAGCUGCUCCAAUCGUGCUACGGAAUAUCUGUCAGACGGAGAACAUGAACGUGACAGAUACAGACGGUAUGGCGAAAAAAUCAGACUCCAAGGCUGCAUCUUCGUCUCAAUUCAGAAAAAGUAGAGAUCGAUUUCAUAACAAGAAACCAGAGGCUCCUAAAAAUCAUCUGCCAGCCCAGCAAGAAAAGGACUCCAACUCGGGCUGGAAAACGGUCAAGGGUUCAUCCAAAGACUCCAAUAAUUCGAAGAAGUUGGCAUUUCUGCAGAACAACCACCAAUUGCCAAAGAUGGCAAAAAGUGAAAGUCAAUCUACUAGUGUGAAAAGAUCGUCGGGAACUGUUCCCGCAAUUUCACCAACACAGAGAACCGAGGAAUCAGAAAAUAAUACCCAAGAAGGCUCAUCCAUUGAUAAACCAGACCAUCCUGAAAAACUCCCAAUGCCGGUGUCCAAUCAAAAGAAGCCAGUGAAGAAGCAGAAGAAGGAUAAAAAAGAUAGAAAAUCAGCGGAGGAAAGUGGCAAAGUUGGUGAAGCGGUGUUUGAGACAGCAAAGGGCAACAAAAAGAAGAGGACGAUCCGGCAAUAUCAAUCAGAGAGGGUUGAGGCUAAGAAGAAGGAACAGGAGAUAUUUGACUCCAUCGAAAAAGACGGAAAGCGGCUGGAUGUCUGCGUCAAUAUGGGCCUUUGUCAGUUUUUCGAAGAGCUGAAUCAUUGUGUGAUAACCCGCUCACCAAUGUACAACUGGCCAGAAUGCCCAAUGAGGGACUUGUCUGAAAACGAAGAUAUUACCCGGGAGCGUGAUGAGUUGGUCUUCGAUUUUAUCCAAUCCAGAAUUUUGGACCAGUUUGAACGUUUCGGAACAACUCCUAUUCUACGGGAGUUGUUUUACCAUUUCCUCGGACGUCACUAUAAUUCCAAUUUGGGAUUGAUCCUGGAGCCGUUGGCGAAAGUUCUAAAAGACAGAGACAUCACCUUCGAAGACGAAAAGGAACUGUUUGGCAGAAUGCUCAACAAAAGAGAGUGUAGAGCCGAGUGGAACGUGUUCAACUUCCAUUAUCCAGACGCGUCUAAUGAAUGA